AAGGAAUCCAACAAAAUAUAAUUAAAGGUUUUUUUUGUGUUGGGAUACCCACGUGUCUUUUUGGAGAGAGAAAGUGAUUGAUUUGGUAGGAGUAUUAAUUUCUUAUGUUUAAAAAUAAAGAGAUGAAAAUAAAAAAAAAGUGUGAAUUGAUUAAGAAAUUAAGAAGAGACAAAAGGCAUUGCCUUUUUGGUGUUUCGAUAAACCUCACAAAGUUUAUAUGUGCACAACAAAGACAGAGUGGAGGAGUUCUGCUCACUGUCUAUUACCAGAAAAGGCUAAUCUUUUUUCAUUGUGUUUUAGGGUUUCGAAAGGCCAAAGCUUUUCUGGGUUAAUCGUUUUUCACUGUCUUAAACCCAUUUAGAAUUCCAGAUUUGAAGGUCCUUUUCUUACUUUUCAAGAACCCCAUUUUUGCUUUCGCCUCCCAACUCAGUUGAAAAAGUGAGAAAAUUGAUUUUUUGUUAGUACAUUGUUGUUUUACAAGCUUCUUGAACUCCCCCAGAGUUGCCAUGCCGGAAAAAUGGUGAUUUGUUGUUAGAUCUCCGUUUUGUUGUUGUCAUUUUUGUUCAGCUUAAAGGCGAUUUUUUUUGCUGUCUUUUUUUCUUACCACUGUGUUGUUGUCUGAAAAUGUGUUACAUUGAAGUUACGCUGUUCAAAGAUUUCCCUUUUUGCUUGUGGUAAGAGAAGGAGGCAUUGUCCGGGCUGUGUUUUUGUCUUGAAAACCCAGUUCAGUAUAUCUUGUUAAUGCUUUUAUAACCCUAGUGCAUUUUCCUUAAAUUCCAAGUUGUGUAGUGUUAUCUGUGGUUGAUUAUUUGGGGUGAUUAUGAGGGUAUUCAGAUUUUUAGUGGUGAGUCUUUGUCUUGUCUCCUCUUUGGGGCAGCUUCCUUCCCAGGAUAUUUUGUCGUUGCUCGAGUUCAAGAAAGGAAUCAAGCAUGACCCAACUGGUUUCGUUGUCGAUUCGUGGAAUGACGAAUCGAUCGAUUUCAAUGGCUGCCCUUCAUCCUGGAAUGGGAUUAUGUGCAACGGUGGUAAUGUUGCAGCGGUCGUUCUCGACAAUCUAGGUUUGUCUGCCGAAGCAGAUUUGAGUGUCUUCUCAAAUCUUACCAUGCUCGUAAAGCUUUCAAUCUCGAAUAAUUCCAUUUCUGGUAAAUUGCCCGACAACCUUGGGGAUUUCAAAAGCCUUGAGUACCUGGAUGUUUCCGAUAAUCUUUUCUCCUCCUCGUUGCCACCUGGGCUCGGUGAACUUGCCAGUUUAAAAAACUUAUCGUUGGCUGGUAAUAACUUCUCCGGUUCAAUCCCGGACACAAUUUCUGGGUUAGCCUCGAUUCGGUCUUUAGACAUAAGCCGCAAUUCUCUCUCUGGCCCAUUACCUUCGUCUUUGACUAGGUUGAAUGGUUUGGUGUAUCUUAAUCUGUCACUCAAUGGCUUCACGAAAAGCAUACCGAAAGGGUUUGAGAUGAUGGCACAGCUUGAUGUGCUCGAUUUUCAUGGUAAUAUGCUUGAUGGUAAAUUUGAUCCCGAAUUAUUGCUGCUUACUACAGCAAGCCAUGUUGAUCUUAGUGGGAAUAUGCUGAUUAGUUCCGCUAAGGAGCAGCAGAAGUUUCUGGUGGGUAUUUCUCCGUCGAUCAAGUAUUUAAAUCUCAGCCGUAACCAGAUAACAGGAUCACUUGUCAGCAGCGGUGCUGCUCAGGAUUUCGGAAGUUUGAAAGUUCUUGAUUUGAGUUACAAUCAACUGUCCGGGGAAUUACCUGGGUUCAAUUUUGUUUAUGAUCUUGAAGUCCUGAAACUAGGUGGCAACAUAUUUUCUGGUCCUAUCCCGAACAACCUUUUGAAAGGAGAUUCUUUGGUUCUAACCGAGUUGGAUUUAAGCGAAAACAAUCUGUCAGGGCCUGUGGGUAUGAUUACGUCAACAACAUUGCACACCCUUAACCUCUCCUCCAACGUGCUUUCCGGUGAGCUUCCAUUAUUAACGGGUAGCUGUGCUGUAAUUGACCUCUCGAGAAAUCAGUUUGGUGGAAAUUUAACGAGGCUCCUCAAAUGGGGAAACAUUGAAAUCCUUGAUCUCAGCCAAAACUAUCUGGCGGGGCCCAUUCCGGAGGUAACUGCUCAGUUUUUGCGUCUAAAUUACCUCAACCUGUCUCGCAAUUCUCUCAACGGUUCUCUCCCAAAAGUUAUCACACAGUUCUCGAAACUCACAACCCUUGAUCUCAGCUUCAACCAGUUUGACGGACCUCUUUUAACCACACUUUUGUCAUCAUCGACUCUUAAAGAACUUCACCUGCAGAGCAAUGUACUCUCUGGAACCAUCGAUUUUUCACCUCUCUCUAAUGAUACAAAUCUGCUCGUUCUUGAUCUCUCUAACAAUAAUCUCAAUGGCUACUUCCCCGAUGGAUUUGGAUCGUUCACUGGACUUCAAAUGCUUAACAUUGGAGGAAACAAUUUCUCGGGCUCACUUCCUACUUCAAUCGGUAACAUCACUACUCUAAAGUCAUUAGAAAUUUCCCAGAAUCAUUUCACUGGCCCACUGCCGGAGAACUUACCCAACAGUCUUCAAAGCUUUAAUGCGUCGUACAAUGAUCUUUCUAUCGAAAAGGACGCUGCCACAAGGACCAGCCAAGAUGUCAGCCGCCAAGCUUCAACAAAUCCUUCCUCCUUCGGUGGAAGAGACCGAGGCGGCAGUGGCGGUGGCGUGGUGGUCUCGGCCCAGGAUUUCGUGACACCAAGAAAAGAAUCAUCGUCGGAUAUAAUUACCCCCGAGGAGAAAAUGACAGCUGUAGCUGGUUUCUCCCCAUCGAAGGGAAGCCACUUCUCGUGGUCGCCCGAAUCCGGCGAUUCAUACACUGUUGAGAGCCUUUCGAGAUUGGAUGUCAGAUCGCCCGAUCGACUGGCGGGUGAGCUGUACUUUCUAGAUGAUACAAUUGCAUUUACGGCAGAGGAACUUUCGCGGGCCCCAGCGGAAGUUCUUGGAAGAAGCAGCCAUGGUACAUCUUAUAGAGCUACUCUGGAAAACGGGAUGUUCUUAACUGUAAAGUGGUUGAGGGAAGGUGUUGCUAAGCAGAGAAAGGAGUUUGCUAAAGAAGCUAAGAAAUUUGCCAACAUAAGACAUCCGAAUGUUGUUGGCUUGAGAGGGUACUACUGGGGGCCCACGCAGCAUGAAAAGCUUAUUCUUUCGGACUAUAUAUCUCCCGGUGGUCUUGCUAGCUUUCUCUACGACCGCCCCGGAAGAAAGGGCCCACCGCUAACAUGGGCACAAAGGCUCAAGAUAGCAGUGGACGUAGCACGUGGCCUAAACUAUCUCCAUUUUGACCGUGCUGUCCCUCACGGAAACCUCAAAGCAACAAACAUACUACUAGACGGGCCCGCCGAUCUCAACGCCAGGGUGGCGGAUUACUGUCUCCACCGCCUCAUGACCCAAUCAGGAACCAUCGAACAGAUUCUCGAUGCCGGAGUUUUGGGUUACCGUGCUCCAGAGCUCGUUGCUUCCAAGAAGCCACUGCCUUCAUUCAAAUCGGACGUUUAUGCUUUCGGAGUGAUUUUGCUGGAACUUCUCACCGGAAAGUGUGCCGGAGAUGUUGUCUCUGGCGCUGAUGGCGGAGUUGGGUUGACCGAUUGGGUUCGGUUGAGGGUUGCAGAAGGUAAAGGAUCGGAUUGUUUCGAUGCUGACCUUGCGUCGGAGAUGAGUGUUCCGAUGGCUGAUAAGGGGAUGAAGGAGGUGCUUGGGAUUGCGCUCCGGUGUAUUCGUUCCGUGUCUGAGAGGCCUGGUAUCAAGACUGUGUACGAGGAUCUUUCUUCGAUUUAGUUUGUGUUUUUUUUUUUUUGGUGGACGAUUGUCUGAAAAUGGGAAUCAAAAUAUAGCUCAUUGAUCUCCCCUUCUUUUAAGUAGUUGAACUAGGAAUUUAGUCUGUUUUUUUUUUUCUUCUUUUUGUGGGUUCUUUCUUUUUCAACCAUUGUUGUAAAUUGGGACUUCUCUUGAUGUUGUAUACCAAGGUUCCCUUUCAAUUGCUUGCUUAU